UUAAUUUUAACAUCAAAAUUGAUACAAGGGAAGGAAGAAAGUUCGAUUCUAUUGGAUGGCAUCGUCAAUUCUUUUCUUUCAAAAAUAACAUAAAUAAAAUUGUUAGCAAAUCAUUUCAAUCAAAGAGAUAACGUCCUAGUGGCAAAAGUCACAGAAAAUCUUCUUGAAGUCAUGUGUUCAAGCCUCCGGGUAGCAAAUUUAAGCUCCGAUAUUUCCCCUAAUAUGGCCCAUAAGAUCAUUUUUGCUUUUGCCUUUGUCCUCCUACUGCUGUGUUCUUGUGGAAUUGUCACGUUCACUGAGGGAAGACCUUUGAAAACCGUCAUGGGGAAAAACCAUGGAAAAUAUUUGCAACACGUGGUUUCAAAAGAAAGUGCUACUAAUGAGUCUGGUACUGCUGCGGCCGGUCAUGAAGAUGAUCGUAUUUCCCACAAUGUCACCGCCGAUGCUGAUGAUUUCCGUCCUACGACUCCAGGACACAGCCCAGGUGCAGGUCAUUCUGCUGGACUAACUAGUACUGGUGUGGUGUGCGUCAUCAAUUGACUUGACAACGUGCAUGGACAUAUAUGGUAGUUACAUAUAUAUAUAUAUAUAUAUAUAUUGCUGUGAAAAUAAUUAAGUAAGGUUUUA